AUGGCACCCCCCUCCGCGGCGCAAAUAACCCGCCUCUUCGCGCCGCUGGCCACCCAAGGCCGCCAGCCCGAGACGCUCGCCCUGCUCGCCGACGACGUCGACUGGACCAUUCCGGGCCACUCGCCCAUGUCGCGUCGCUACACGUCCAAGCAGGACUUCAUGGACAACACGCUGACGGUGCUGCGCGAGCGUGUCCUGACCGAACCUCUGAGGCUCAAGGUCCGCCAUGUCGUUGUCUCGCCAACACCAACGGCGGCUGCUGGAGGAGGAGGGGCGGAAGGAGCAGAAGAGGGGAAAGACGAGGAGAUUGACGGCGAUGUCGUGGUCGAGUUGGAGGCGGUGGACGCGAAGUGCAAGAACGGUGCUCAAUCCAUCCUUGAUGUCUGUCCAUCUCGUUCAUACCUCCGCACGCGUUAA